AUGGUGUUGGUAAAACAUCUUUGCUUUUCAACCCUCCCACUUUUACUUGCUGUUUCCGGAACUAGCAUUGGGGCUUCGCAUUUCUCAAGUGAAAUCUCCCGAUCCAAGCUUAACGUCCGAGAUGAAUAUGCCUAUAUUGGCACCCGCGAUAAUGAAGUCAACCUUAGGCUGCGCGCAGAUAGUAGAGAUGGCCAAUCACUCCAACUCCGCAGGCCAAUGAGACAAGAGCGACUCGAGAAGCGAGCAGCGAAGGGUCGAGCGAAGCCUGCUGCUCCAAAGAAAGUUGCCACUCCUAAGAAGGUUGCUACUCCAAAGAAACCGGUCACUCCAAAGAAAGUUGCCACUCCUAAGAAAGUUGCUACUCCUAAGAAGGCUGCUACUCCAAAGAAAGCUGUUACUUCUAAGAAAGCUGCUGCUUCGAAGAAGGCUACUCCUAAGAAGGUCACUACUCCUAAGAAAGCUGCUGCUUCGAAGAAGGCUACUCCUAAGAAGGUCACUACUCCUAAGAAAGCCGCUGGAAUCAAGAAGAUCACCAUUCCAAAGAAGGCUGCUACUCCAAAGAAAGUUGCUCCAAAGAAAGCUACUGGUCUCAAGAAGCCUAUCGGUUCCAAGAAGGCGGCAGGUCAUAAAGCUGCUUCUCCAAAGAAGCUCGCGGUAAAGACUCAUGCCAAGAAAGUCGGUCCGAAGAAGGCUGCCGGUCACAAGAAGGCUACCGGCCACAAGGCUGCCGGCCACAAGAAGGCUACCGCUCCCAAGAAAGUCGCUAACCCUAAGAAGACUGUAGCUUCUAAGGGUACAGGCCGAGGGAAAGCUGCAGCAAAGAAGGCUUCAACUAAGACCGGCACUAAAAAGUCCAAUGUCAAGAAGACUCCAUCCAGGAAGGUCGGCACCAAGAAGUCUGCUGCUAAGGGUGUUGGCAAAAAUUCUGGAAACAAACAUUCCGGGAAGAAGUUGCCUGGAAAGAAGACGCCUGGAAAGAAGACGCCUGGAAAGAAGACGCCUGGAAAGAAGACGCCUGGAAAGAAGACGCCUGGAAAGAAGACGCCUGGAAAGAAGACACCUGGAAAGGAGCAUCCCGGAAAAAAGAGUUCUAUCAAAGCCAAUGGCGCUAAGAACCCUUCUGCUAAGAAGACUCCUGCUGGGAGUACUUCCAAGUCGGUCGAUUCCACCAAACCUAAGCCGGCCACUCAGCACUGUAAGCGAGGCCCGGGUGAGGAGGGGGAGAGCUGCAAGACGCCUGGGAUAAUCGGGUCCACGUUUCAAAAGACCAAGACUGGCUUUGGGAAGCUCUUGCGAAAGGACAAACCCAAAAUAGAUAAGGCCACGAUUGGAAAGCCAAAGUUGGAGCCCGCCCCUGGGACGCAGACAGGCCAACAGAGUGGCCAACAGAGUGGCCAACAGAGUGGUCAGCAAAGCGGCCAGCAGAGCGGACAACAAAGUCUAGAAAGCAAGAAAAGAGUAGUAGACAAGUCCGAGAUUAGCAAGCCACAGCCUGACAAAGGAUCAUCAGCAGACUUUAUGCAGAUAUACAACAAACCCCAAGAGGGGCAGACAGGCGAACGAAGUGGCCAGCAGAGGCAGUCGCACGGAUCAUCAGGUCAAGAGACAAGCGGAUCAAUACCCCUUAUGAUCAAAGGCUCGUCUUCAGGGCAGCCGGGUGAGCAGAGGGGGUCACAGAAAUCGACGAGCCAGGAAACAAGCGGCUCGAUACCAAUCAUGAAGGCAGACUCGCCUGUAGAUCAGACGAACCGGUUAACAACGGGCUCAUCGUCAACCGAUAGUGGGCCGAUAUAUUUGGAAGAUCAUUUAGGGAAUAAGGUGAAUUGA